CUGAACAAGGCAGCUCGCUCUUUAAGCCGUCUCCGAAGGCUUCCCGCCGAGUCUCCUGCUAUCCAGAACGAGCUUGGGGAGAUUCUGGCGAAUCACGAGUUCGAGCUAAGCCUAGGAAAAAGCAGCUAUCUCGACUGCUUCCGGGGCCCUAUGCUUAAGCGUCAGUUAACUGGGUGUGGCGUCCAGGCCAUGCAGCAAUUGAGCGGCAUAAAUUUCAUCUUUUAUUACGGAACUCAAUACUUUAAGAACUCCGGAAUCAAUAAUGCCUUUACUAUUCAGAUGAUCACUUCGUCUAUAAAUGUCGUGUCUACUCUUCCCGGCAUCUGGGCAGUCGAUAAAUUAGGACGUCGCCCCUUGCUGCUGUGGGGAGCUGUGGGCAUGUGCGCGAGCCAGUUCCUAGUGGCAAUGCUGGGCACCUUCACGACUAGCCAAGAUAGCGCUGGUAACAUCAUUGUCCAUAAUAUUAACGCGCAGAAGGCCGGCAUUGCCUUCGUCUGUAUCUACAUCUUCUUCUUUGCCUCAACCUGGGGCCCCCUGACUUGGGUCGUGUCAGGUGAGAUCUUCCCCCUAAAGAUCCGUGCCAAGAGUCUCAGUAUCAAUAUCGCCACAAACUGGCUCCUCAACUGGGCCAUCGCCUAUGCCACGCCAUAUCUUGUUAACUGGGGCCCGGGUAACGCCAACCUUCAGUCAAAGAUCUUCUUCAUCUGGUCCAGAUUCUGCUUCUUGGCCAUUGCCUUCGUCUACUUCUUCAUCUACGAGACCAAGACACUGUCUCUGGAGGAAGUCGAUGAGUUGUACAAUGAGGUUUCGUCAGCUCGUAAGAGCGCCGGUUGGAGGCCGAGCACGACCUUCCUUCAACGCCAAGGUACUGCUACCCAUGGCGUUAUUGGGGGCAGUGACGACAAGACGGACACAGCACACCAUGAUUAUAAGCAUUCCAACGAAAAGGACAGUGUUUGA